UGGCUAGAACUGGUUUCGACCGGAUCGCGUCUAUUUAAACAAAGCAAAAAGAAGAAUGUCACUAGUGCUUGACAACGCCUGGUCUUGUGAGCCGUUUUCAUUUUUCGUAGGACUGACCAUACUUAUGAUAUAGACCAUGAUUCCAUUGCAUUUGUAGCAAGUUUCAACAAAGGAUAUGGCGAGCUUGGGACCUCAAAGCCUUUACAAGCUCUUGCACAUGCCAAAGUUAUAUAUAGCACUCAGCAGCGUUUGAACAACAACAAGACGCUAGCACCUGACGAAUGUAGGUUGGCAAAAUGGAGACACACGAUCUACUGCAGCACUACCUUGGCGAUUUCGGAACGUUUCAACAAUAUACAACUCUACUGGCCAUUCUCGUGGCACCAAACUUUGGGGUAACUGUUGUGGCCAUGACGUUUCUGAUGGCGACACCGGAGCACCACUGCCGGGUGAACGAACCUGGAUCUUCGGGGGAACACCGCCUCUCGCCCGAGAGCCUCAACCACAGCAUCCCCUUGGAAAACCUUAAUGGAAGAUCUGUUUACAGCUCUUGUUUGAUGUACGUACAGACGAAUGAGACAAAGACUGGAGAAAAUCGUACCAUCACAUCAUGUACACAUGGCUAUCUCUACGACCAAAGUCAGUAUCGCAGCACCAUUGUAACAGAACACGACUUAGUUUGUGAACGGACCUGGUUGAAUGAAAUGGGCAAGUCGGUGUUUUUCGUGGGCUCGAGUCUUGGAUCAAUUGUUUCGGGAAUAGCUGCCGACAGGUUUGGACGGCACCCAACCACCUUGUUAUUUUUGCUGCUCCACCUUGUGUUUGGGGUAGGAGCAGCGUUUGCAACGGAUUACGUCACCUUCGUCAUUCUUCGUGCCCUGGUCGGAGCAGCCGGCAUCGGAUUUUACUUCACCAGUUUAGUAAUAGCCAUAGAGAUCGCUGGACCCUCCAAGAGAAAUGCAGUGGGUAUGGCAUCAGUGGCGAGCUGUGCGUUUGGUUAUGUCAUUUUGGGGUUUCUGGCCUACCUUAUACGUGACUGGUGGACGCUUCAGUUGGCGCAGGCACUUAUGACUGCUCCGUUUCUCUGUUACUGGUGGUUGCUUUCCGAGUCACCAAGAUGGCUUCUAACCAACAACCGUGUCGACGAGGCCAAGGCUGUCAUACAAAGGGCAGCAAAAAUGAACAAGGUCGUCAUCCCGCACGACGCCAUCUUUGGUGAAACAGAAAAAUUAUCAAACGAUAGUGAAGAAGACUCCAGCAGACAAUAUGGAGUCCUUGACCUGUUCAGGAAGCCCCGCAUUCGGAAGACAACGAUGACAAUGUGCAUUUCUUGGUUUGCCGAGGGGUGUGUGUACUUUGGCUUGAUACUUGCUUCCGUCGAGUGGGCAGGGAACCCCUACUUAAACUUCAUCCUGGGUUCUCUGCUGGAAGUGUUUCUGUCUGCGGUAUCAUUGGCAGCCAUGGAGAGAUGGGGGAGGAAGCCUGUUAUAGGAGGGACCGUACUAGUGGCUGGAACAUGCAGCAUGGUAUCAGCCAUGACUAAAGCAGGUUUCCCUACAGUUUCUCGAGGGUUCGCUUUGGUUGGAAGAGGUGCAAUCGGCAUUUCUUUUUUAAGCCUCAUUGUGUACACCCCAGAAGUGUUCCCAACAGUAGUCAGGGGUACUGGACUUGGACUGGCCAACAUGUGUUCCCGUUUGGGCUCUGUGCUGACCCCCUUCGUGUCUCUCCUGGGAGAUGUGUGGCAGCCCCUCCCCAUGGUCACGUUCGGGACACUUUGCUUUGUAGCCAGCCUGGCCAUCUACACGCUGCCGGAGACACUCGGAGUCCCACUACCUGACACCUUGGAGGACAGCGAGAACUUCGGGAGGAAACAACUACACAGCGAUGAAAUCAAGGAUGUAAGCUACACCAACCCGUGGCCUAUCCCCACCCCAAUGAAGUACACGAGGCGGCUGGUCGUCUUCUACCAGACAGCACGGGACGGCGACUUCUUUAGAUCUUCGUUGGUACUGAAGUAACAUUGUAAAAAAGCACCAUUGUGCCCCCUGUUUGCUGCUCCCGUUGCUUUCCGUCUAAAAACGGAAAGAGAAGUGGUCUAUGUUAGGCAAAAAAGCUGCCAUAAAGAGAAAACUUGAGCUAGAAUAGGAUAAAUGCUACAUAUGUAUUGUGGAUUUGAUAUGGGUAGAUGAAUUCUACUGCAGUGAAAUUGUUUGGCUUUUAUCAAUAGCAGACUAUCUUUUGAGACAUUGCAUUAUAUUUUGUCGAAAUGUCAUUUACGUGAUGAGUGGUUGUAUAUAUCUGCAUUUGGAUACAAUAAUCACAAAUGUAAUAAGAUAAAGAAAUGGCUGCAUCGGAAAAUGACCUUCUAGCUUCAUUUGUUUUUUCCAUGGUUUUGACAGUCGCUGAAUAGAUAACCGUCAUAAAACAGGGACAAAUAGACGAAGGUCAUAAUCUAAAGUCUGAUUGGAUUAGAGGGAAGUUAAUUGAAAAGUAGUAACGUUAAUAAUCAUAUACAAACUUGGCGCAGUAUCUAUAUAUAGUGGGAUUCGGAUUGAAACAUACUGCAUGCCCAGUCUAUACUGCAACAGUAUCUUUAGAACGAAUAAAAAGCUUUCAUAAUGAAAGAUAUUUAGCAAUAUAUAAGGCUAUACACAGUCUGUUAUAUAAGACUAAAAAUAGGGUACGUUGAAUUGCGAAAUAUUUGUCUGAAUUGUGAAGAAAUUGUAAAGCAAUUUGGUAAUUUCUGAGCUAUUUGUGACAUAUUGGGUAUCUAAUUUUAAUAAACUGGUAAAA